CCUUAUUGUCCUCUGUCGGAAUUUUCACCGGAAAUGGCGACAGUUGCACCGAAUUGUGGCCCAAAGUUGGAAGCGGUGGCUCACAUAGACAUCAGUAAACUUUCCCAAUCUGAACUCCACGCACUUUCCCUUUGCUCCGACUCCGCUUACGAUCUCCGGCAUACUAACGAAGUCGUUAUUCCCCAAAUUGACCGGUCCCUCUUCAAUGAAUCCGCCGGAAGCCGUCGUCAAACCUAUUCCCGUCUCCGUCACCAACACCACCGUUCUCGCGUGCCCGGUCUUCACCCUUCAACUUCACAACCCAAACCCCCUUUUACUUCCGACCCUGAAAACCACGCAAUUCUUCAUUUUCUUAAGUUCUUUAUUCGUAAUCCCAAUUCCCAAUCUCCACCGCCCGUUCCUCCUCCUCCUAUUACACAGCCGGCUACUUCCGGGAUUCAAGAAAAGACCCUACUUUUGAUGAAUGAACCUGACAAAAAGAGGAAGAGAGGACGGAAACCUAAGGAUAACAAGAAGCUGAAAGAGAAUGGGGUGGAAAUUGUGAAUAAAAACGGUGAGGUGGUGGAUUUAAACAAUUUGGAGAAUAAUGGGGAUAAAUUAUACAGUGGAGAAUUGGAGAAAAGGACUGUUAGGUUACAGACUGAAGAAGAGGUACUCGGUUUUGUUAGGGAUUUGGAGGGGCAGUGGUGUAGCAGAAGGAAGAAGAGGAAAUAUGUUGAUGCUAGUGGGUUUGGUGAUACAUUGCCUAUUGGUUGGAAGCUCUUGCUAGCCCUACGUAGACGGGACGGUCGCGUCUGGGUUUAUUGUCGUAGAAUUGUGAGCCCUACUGGUCAACAGUUUAUAUCAUGCAAAGAGGCUUCAUCAUAUUUGCGGUCCCAUUUUUUGUCUAGUGAAGCAAACCAGCCAACUCAGCAGGUUGAUGACACUGUUGCUAAAAGUGUGAGUAACUUCCACAGUGAUACCAGUUUGGUUUUGUCAACAGACAUCCAAGAAAAUCCUCAUUCUCUUCAAAAAGGUGAUGUGGCAAAGCAUGACGUAGUUGCACAUGCAGUUGUACCCAGUUCAUCUACUCUAGACCUACAUCUGAGUGAAGUUUGCUUGAUGGAGAUGGAUAAUCUCCCUGAGGUUAAAGUUCAAGACAUUUUUGAAUGUUAUAAAUGUAACUUGACGUUUGAAGAAAAGAAUGCAUAUUUGCAGCAUCUGUUCUCAUUUCACCAGCGGACCACAAGAAGGUACAGGGUUGGGCCAUCUGUUGGUGAUGGGGUCAUAAUUAGAGAUGGAAAAUAUGAAUGCCAGUUCUGCCAUAAGGUAUUUGAAGAACGGCGUAGUUACAAUGGUCAUGUAGGAGUCCAUGUGAGAAACAAUGCAAGAGGAACUGUGGAUAUAGCUGCUGCUGUUGCAGCAGACAAGGGUGUUCAAUCUCCACAUCAUGAUGGGUUGCUUUCAAGGACAUGUAAAAUGGAUGCUUUAAUUGAAAUUGCCCAAAAUGCAGUUGUAGAAACUUCUAGUGCUAGACCUGUGACCAAGGACAGCAGCAUGCCAUCUAGUACUUCAAUGGACUUGGAUGGAAAUAUGGCUACCAACAUUGACCAAGUUGCGAGGUCAAACACUGAUACUGGAUUGUCAUAUACCAAGGAAUUUAAGGCUGAAACAUGUCUUGAACAAGAUAGAAAUCUGCCUGAUUAUACCUGCGUGCAAGUAGAUAAAGAUAAGAACGGUGAGAUUUUGGCCAACAAGUUCAAUCCGAGAGUGAUCUCAACCAAUGAUUCUGAGCAACCUGAGGGUGAUGAUGAGAAGAAGGCUGGAAGCAACAAGGUAAUGCAGGGUCUGGGAAACAAGCAGACAAAAGAAAAUGAUGAAGUUCAACCUGAGACCAUGGAACUAACUUUUCAGGAAAUCGCUAGUCAGAAUGCAUUAACUAGCUCUUCAGUCUCUAUGGUGCAGUCGUUGUAUAAUAAUUUUGAGCACUCUGAGGAAGGUGUCGUGAAGAAGGAUGGAACUGAUAAGGUAGCAGUGGGUAAGGGAAACCGCCUGACUAAAACAAAUGAUGUCGAAUUAGAAAUUAUGGAGCUGACUUUUCAGGAAGAUGCUACUCUGAAUGGGUUAACCACUUUCUCGCUGUCUAUGGUGCAACCAUCUCAUAGUGCUUUUGAGCACCCUGAGAGUGAUGACAUGAAGGAUGAGAAUAAGCAGCAAGCAGUUUGUCCUGGAUACAGCCUGACUAAAGCAAAUAAUGAUUUGGAAUCUGAGACUAUGGAGUUCAUUCUUCAGCAAAAUGCUACGCGAGAUGGGCUAGCUGGCUUUUCAGAGCCUAUGGUGCAAUCAUUCCACAACUCUACUGGCAUUCUUUCAGGAUCUAGUAAGGACAAUGACGAAGUAUCUGCUAUUGGUCAGAAUCUGGAUAAUGGAACAGGAUUUGAGGAGCUUAGGCUGGAUGAGAUAGAACAUUUUGAAUACAGCUUUGAUGGUGGUCAUGAAUCUUCAUCUUUGCCCGCAACUUCUAUUGGAUUGGGUAAUGAUGCAAGGAUGGAAGAGGCUUUUGCAUCGGUUGGAUUUGAUUCUGGAGGAAUCAUCUUAAACAUGGAAGAAUUGAAUCAACUUUCAACAGUAUGUGUGUGGUGCAGAGUGGAAUUCAAGCUUGAAGCUUAUGAUACCGAAGCUCAUUCAGAUUCAAUUGGAUUUAUGUGUCCAGACUGCAAGGCUAAAAUAUCUGGACAUCUAGAGAGUGUGUUUCCUUGAGUCCUCACGGUUUUUGAUUUCCACUGGGCCAUCUUGUGGUGCUUGCUGCUCAAUGUCCUGAUACACAUGGUAGUCCCUUAACUUGCUUAAGUUCUAUCUGCAAUCAGUAACAAACAAAUAUUUUUGCUACUACUUUCCUUCUUCACAAGUCUCAACUGUGAAAAAUUGGCAUGCAGCGAGUUUUCUUGCUAAAAUUCUACACUGAAUUAGCUUAUUCUUUGGCAAGCUUAUUUUACCGACUCAACAUUUAUCAUCUUAAUUACAGAAGAUGCAGGUCUAUUUUCCGCCUAAAGAGAUGGAUGUUACAAAGCAUGCAUGCGUUCUUUUCUUAGGAGACAGAGUUUUAGCUGGUAUACUUAGUUCGCUGUAAAUUCAUCCACGGAAUAGUGUAGUUUGUAAUAUUCCUCUUUCUGGUAUGUUAAAUUACAGAAGACAGAAGAUGGGUCUCUAUGUAUGAAACUGAACAGUGUAUAUUCUGCUCAUAUGUAUAUAUCUGUUUAUGUAUGUCACUGAUUAGCUCUAUGAGCCUCUUUAGAAUCUAGGCAUCAUCAAUGCCAUUUUAUAAUGUAGCCUUUUAUUUUGCGUUA